AUGGCUGGGAUUGUAUAUUUCGCCGUCUUUUCGCUUCUCUUUGGGAUUUGCGAGGGGGUCACCGGUUCUCGGAUCUAUCCGGCCAAUGAAGUUACCUUAUUGGAUUCCAGAUCAGUUCAAGGUGAACUUGGCUGGAUAGCAAGCCCCUUAGAGGGAGGGUGGGAGGAAGUCAGCAUUAUGGAUGAGAAAAAUACACCAAUCCGCACUUAUCAAGUCUGCAACGUCAUGGAACCAAGUCAGAACAACUGGUUACGGACUGAUUGGAUUCCCCGUGAAGGGGCUCAAAGGGUUUAUAUUGAAAUCAAGUUCACACUAAGAGACUGCAACAGCCUGCCAGGUGUUAUGGGAACUUGCAAGGAGACUUUUAACCUGUACUAUUAUGAAUCAAGCAAUGACAAGGAGCGUUUUAUUCGAGAAAGUCAGUUUGGUAAGAUUGACACCAUUGCUGCUGAUGAGAGUUUUACUCAGGUAGACAUUGGCGACAGGAUUAUGAAAUUAAACACAGAGAUACGUGAUGUGGGUCCAUUGAGCAAGAAGGGAUUUUAUCUGGCAUUCCAGGAUGUAGGUGCUUGCAUAGCCCUGGUGUCUGUUCGUGUCUUCUACAAGAAAUGUCCCCUGACAGUCCGUAAUCUGGCUCAGUUUCCAGACACAAUCACAGGGGCUGAUACAUCUUCUUUGGUCGAGGUUCGUGGUUCAUGUGUCAACAACUCAGAAGAGAAGGAUGUGCCAAAAAUGUACUGUGGGGCAGAUGGUGAAUGGCUGGUACCCAUUGGCAACUGCCUAUGCAAUGCUGGGUAUGAAGAGCACAAUGGAGAAUGUCAAGCGUGCAAGAUUGGAUACCACAAAGCCUUCUCAACAGAUGUUGCCUGUGCCAAGUGCCCACCUCACAGUUUCUCCAUCUGGGAAGGUUCCACUUCUUGCACCUGUGAUCCAGGCUUUUUCCGAGCAGAAAACGAUGCUGCCUCCAUGCCCUGUACUCGCCCUCCAUCUGCUCCAGAGAACUUGAUUUCCAAUGUCAAUGAGACAUCAGUGAAUUUGGAAUGGAGUCCCCCCCAGAACAAAGGUGGUCGUGAAGAUGUCUCUUACAAUGUGGUGUGUAAGAGAUGUGGAGCUAGUGAUCUGACCCGCUGCCGGUCCUGUGGGAGUGGUGUUCACUUCAGCCCUCAGCAGAAUGAUUUGAAGUCCACUAGGGUUUCCAUUACUGACCUUUUGGCUCAUACUAAUUACACCUUUGAAAUCUGGGCAGUGAAUGGAGUAUCCAAGCAAAAUCCAAUCCAAGACCAAGCUGUGUCUGUCACUGUGACCACUAACCAAGCAGCUCCUUCUCAAAUUGCUUUGAUCCAAGCUAAGGAAAUAACAAGGCACAGUGUGGCAUUGGCUUGGCUGGAACCUGACCGGCCAAAUGGAGUCAUCUUGGAAUAUGAAGUCAAAUAUUACGAAAAGGACCAAAAUGAGCGUAGCUAUCGCAUUGUGAAAACAGCAACCAGAAAUACUGAUAUCAAGGGUUUGAAUCCUUUGACUUCAUAUGUCUUUCAUGUGCGAGCAAGGACAGCAGCUGGAUAUGGAGACUUCAGUGGACCCUUUGAAUUCACAACCAACACAGUUCCUUCUCCCAUCAUUGGGGAAGGCACCAAUCCCACCGUCCUUCUGGUCUCAGUGGCUGGCAGUGUUGUCCUCGUGGUCAUUCUCAUUGCUGCCUUUGUCAUCAGUAGGAGAAGGAGCAAAUACAGUAAAGCUAAGCAAGAAGCAGAUGAAGAAAAACACUUAAAUCAAGGUGUCAGAACCUAUGUAGAUCCCUUUACUUAUGAGGAUCCCAACCAAGCUGUGCGGGAAUUUGCCAAAGAAAUUGAUGCCUCAUGCAUAAAGAUUGAAAAAGUCAUAGGUGUUGGUGAAUUUGGUGAAGUUUGCAGUGGCCGUCUCAAGGUUCCAGGAAAGAGGGAGAUCUGUGUGGCUAUCAAAACGCUGAAAGCUGGCUACACAGACAAACAAAGAAGGGACUUUUUGAGUGAGGCCAGCAUAAUGGGACAAUUUGAUCAUCCCAACAUCAUCCACUUGGAAGGAGUAGUCACUAAAUGUAAACCUGUCAUGAUUAUAACUGAGUACAUGGAGAAUGGUUCUUUGGAUGCCUUUCUCAGGAAGAAUGAUGGCAGAUUUACUGUAAUCCAGUUGGUAGGAAUGCUCCGAGGCAUUGGUUCUGGAAUGAAGUAUUUGUCUGACAUGAGCUAUGUUCAUCGGGAUCUAGCUGCUCGAAACAUACUAGUUAACAGUAACUUGGUCUGUAAAGUUUCUGAUUUUGGUAUGUCCCGUGUUCUAGAAGACGAUCCUGAAGCCGCUUAUACGACUAGGGGUGGUAAGAUUCCUAUCAGAUGGACUGCACCAGAAGCAAUUGCCUAUCGCAAAUUUACAUCAGCCAGUGAUGUCUGGAGCUAUGGAAUUGUCAUGUGGGAAGUGAUGUCAUAUGGAGAGAGGCCUUAUUGGGAUAUGUCCAAUCAAGAUGUUAUCAAAGCCAUUGAAGAAGGCUAUCGACUUCCACCACCAAUGGACUGCCCAAUUGCUCUACAUCAGUUGAUGCUGGAUUGUUGGCAGAAAGAACGUAGUGACAGACCUAAAUUUGGACAGAUUGUCAACAUGUUAGACAAACUUAUCCGCAACCCCAAUAGCUUGAAGAGGACAGGCUCAGAAAACUCCAGGCCUAAUACUGCUUUGCUGGAUCCAAGUUCUCCUGAAUUCUCAGGUGUUGUUUCUGUUGGUGAUUGGCUUCAAGCUAUUAAAAUGGAGCGAUACAAGGAUAACUUCACAGCUGCCAGCUAUACUACUCUAGAGGCUGUGGUGCAUAUGAACCAAGAUGACCUGACAAGAAUUGGAAUUACUGCCAUUGCACACCAGAAUAAGAUUUUGAACAGCGUCCAAGCAAUGAGAACCCAAAUGCAGCAAAUGCACGGCAGAAUGGUUCCAGUUUGAGACAGUACUGAAUAAACUCUAAACUCUUGAAAUUAGUUUACCUCAUCCAUGCACUUUAAUUGAAGAACUGCACUUUUUUACUUCUUCUCCUUGCCAUUGAAAUAACAAUAAUAAUGAUUUGCAGCACUGUUUGAUAUAUAAAGAUUGCUAACAGUGCUGCAAGGAGGGAACCUACAAAAAUGACAGGUCGUCAUUUGAGAACAAGCCUGGAACAAAUUGUUUCCUGGAGUAUACUUAUGUGGAUCAGCAUUAUGUAAUAUACUUGUAUCUAUAAAACAUCCAUUCAAGUUUUGAAGCUGUGUUUCCUGCCAGAUACUGUUCUUAAACAAAGGAAAUACUAUUCCCUCCCCCCCAGCAGCCAUGGGAUUACAAUUAUUGUGUUUGAUCUGUGGAUAAACCAUUUUUUUCCUUCAUCUUUUAUUGGAACAAAGAAUCUUCUGAACCAGGAAAUGUUGGCAUAUUCUAGGCAUCCAUCGUACUCUGCAGAAAGCUUAAAGCAAAAUAUUAUUUGGAUGAUCAGUGCCUCUCAAGAUUUAUCCACUUGCAAUCUAAGACAGGGAGCAGCCUUCAUGGAUUACUGGAUUUAUUUA